AUGAUUUGUCUUUUUGCUUACGGAAUGUUAGUUCUCAUUCUCAGGGAUGAUUCAUCGCGGGGCGUUAUGAAAAGCAUUAAAGAGAGGCUGGAAUCUAUCUAUAAAUUCUUCCAGGAAGAUCCGUUGGGAAAGAAAAUAAUUAAACUCGUAAAGGACUGGAAAGAAACAAUGAAAGAUGAAAUAAAAUUAAUUAUUCUGAAUACAAAUUGCAUUUUCUUCAGAUUAAAUUCUGUGAUGGUUACUCGCGAACAAAUGAAGUGCAUUGUCCCAAGAUAUCAGAAGUCACCAUAA